GACGCUAAAACUCAAGAAGAAGAAUCGGGGUUUUGCUAGCUUACGUUAGCGUCUAACGCUUUAUUUAUAAUAUACCCCGUCUCAAAAUGUCGUACAUCUAGUGCUGACUAUAAAUAUGCGUGUUUGUCCCAAAGUGCGGCGAAUAUUGCAUUAAUCCGGAGUCAGACCACGAUGAAGACUCGUUUCCAAACAGGCCAAAACCACUCCAGUUUCGUCAUCUGAGGACUUCAUCACAUUCUGAUAUAAAGAUGGAGUUUAUAAAAGAGGAGAGGGAAGAAAUGAGGAUCCCCGAGCCCUGCAAAGUGAAAGAUGAGCAAACAGAGGAACCUGGAGGCCUGAUGCAAGUGAAAGAGGAGAGCGAAGAGGAGAAUGAGGAUGAUUAUCAUCAGCUGGAGGAUCCCCAGCGUCUCCUCAGCGGACAGAAGAUAUUGAGCUGCUCAGAAACUGGGAAAGGCUUGUCUCACAAGAGAGCUCAGAAAACAGCCGGCUUUUUCUUCACCUGCCUCGAGUGCAAAAAAAGUUUUGAGUCCAAAGAGCACCUGAUGGAUCACUUCAGGAUUCACUCUGGAGAAAGCUGCACAGAGACCGAAACCAACCUGACACAGAAAGCGGCUCCGGGAACGGUUUGCAAACUGCCCUUCACUUGCUUUCAGUGCCAGAAGAGUUUUGCAUGUAAAGAGCACCUGAUGGAUCACUACAGGAUCCACACAGUGGACCGACCGUUCCCCUGCGAUCAGUGCGACAAGAGCUUCAUUCACAAGCAGAGCCUGAAGAAUCACCUGAGAGUUCACACAGGCUUGAGGCCACAUGUGUGCCAUCUGUGUGGCAAGAGCUACAUCCACAAAGACAACCUCACAGAUCACAUCCGGAUCCACACCGGAGAGAAGCCUUUCGCAUGUGAUCAGUGCGGAAAGAGCUUCACACACAAAGGAAGCCUCCUGCAUCACAUGAAGAUCCACACCGGACUCAAGCCCUUCACCUGCCGCCAGUGUGGACGCCACUUCACUCACAAAGGAAACCUGAAGAUUCAUAUACGCAUUCACUCCGGAGAAAGACCCUUCACCUGCCCUCAGUGCGGCAAGAGCUUCAUCUAUCACGGGAACCUGGUGGGACACAUGAAGAAACACUCUGGAGAGAAACUGUACCACUGCACUCAGUGCGGCAAGAGCUUCGUCGAGGCUCGGCAUCUGCAGAAACACGUGAAAACACACGCCACCGAACGACCCUUUAUGUGCUCUCAGUGCGGACGUGGCUUCUUAUGGCACCACAACUUCAAAGAGCACCAGAAGAUCCACACUGGAGAGAAGCCGCACGUGUGCUUUGACUGCGGGAAGGCCUUCACCAGACUCAUAUACCUGAAGCGGCACCAGAGGAUCCACACCGGAGAGAAGCCGUACAAGUGUGCUCGCUGCGGGGUGUGCUUCACCGUCUUGGACUCGCUCAAAGCACACGAGCGAGUGCACACCGGAGAGAAACCCUACGAGUGCCCGAAGUGUGGGAAGUGCUUCGGACGACUGAGUACACUACUGACUCAUAAGAAGAAGCACUGCCCCAAACUGACGAAGUGAAAGUCACUAUUCUUGCAGGGAUGCUUCAUAAAUGUUAUUUAAAUAACAUUAUAUCUGCAUUAAUAUCCUUUGAGGAGAAGUUCAUUAAAAAUUGAAAAUCCAAGAUUAGAAUGAGUUUGUUUCUUCAUCAGAUUUGUAGAAAUAUAGCAUUGCAUCAGUGUCUCAUCAGUGGAUGUAUAAUCAAUAAUCCACAAGUAAUCCACAGCACUUCAGUUCAUCAGUGAACAUCUGGAGAAGACAAAAGAUGAAACAAAUCCAACAUUAAGACGCUUUUAACUCAAUUACAUAUUCUAUAAUCCGUAAUAACACUUCCUCCAGUGAAAAAGUUCAUCUCCUGUUGUCUCUCCUGAUGAAUCCCACAGUCAUCAAAAUUACUUGUUUGGAUUUGUUUCAGCUUUUGUCUUCUUGAGAUGUUAACUGAUUGACUGGAGUGCUUUGGAUUACUUGUGGAUUAUUGUGAUGUUAUUAUCAGCUGUUUGGACUCUCAUUCUGAUGGCAUCCAUUCACUGCAGAGCAUCCAUUGAUCAGACACUGAUGCACUUCUACAAAUCUGAUGAAGAAACAAACUCAUCCUGAUUUUGUAUGGCCAUGGGAUGGUUUCAUUUACUUAAUCAUGUUUGUUGUAAGGUGAUGCAUGAAAAGGAAAAAAAAAAGUGUAGGAAGCUUUAAUAGUGAGUUUCCAAAAAAACAUGGAACCUUUCUUCCAGACUUCUAGACUUUCUUCUGAUGAACACAAGAUAAGAUGUUUAGCAGAAUGUCCAGAGUGUUUUAUUAUAAUAGGACCUGAGGCUGUGAAGCUCCAAACGAGAGCCACAGAAACACUGUAAAAGAGUUAAGAACAUAAAUAUUCUGUCAUGGCCAAAAAUAUCGGCACCCUUGGUAAAUAUGAUCAAAGGCUGUGAAAAUUCA